ACUCUUUUUUUUUUUUCUUCUUUCCUUCCUUUCCUUUUCCUCUCUUUUCCUCAUCUUUCAUCUCCCUUCCUCUUUCGCAACCAUGCAGGCACCCGCGAUCAACAUUGCCGAGUCGCUCGGCAAGAUGGAGUCGUACCGCUCCAAUCGGUCGAACGUGCUGCCCAACAUGCUCUCCAACCGCAGCAACCGCAGCAACCGGAACACUGGCACGUUCGGCGGCCCGAGCUACCGCGGCGCGAUCAACAACCGCUCGUCGGGCUUCUCCCCGCUCGUCGAGGACGCCGACCAUCCCGCGUCGCUCUCUGUGCCGUCGUCGACCACUGGCGGCGGCUCGUCGGCCCCGGCUGCUGCCCCGGCGCCCCGCCGCACCCAGAACUUUGUCGAGUCGGUGGCGUCCAGCGGUCCCUUCUCGCUCAGCAAGGAGGAGCUCGUUGAGAUUGUCUCGUUCGACAACCGCGACAAGGAGAGCCAGGUCCAAGUCCUCGAGUCCUAUGGCGCUGUCGAGGGCAUUGCCGACAAGCUCCGUGUCAACCUCGAUUCCGGUUUGAACGCUCACGACGGUUUUGAAGAUCGCACGGCACAUUUCGGCCGAAAUAUCGUUCCGCCGCCAAAGUCCGAAACGCUGCUCGAGCUCAUCUGGGACGCGCUGCACGAUCGCAUUCUGCAGAUUCUCAUUGUUGGUGCCAUUGUCACGCUUGCUGUGGGUCUGGCCCAGCACCCCACGAGCGGUUGGACGGAAGGUGUCGCCAUUCUCGUGGCCGUCAUUCUCGUCGUCUCCAUCACGGCCGGCAAUGACUACUUUAAGGAGCGCAAGUUCAAGCAAAUCCUCAUGCUCCAGUCCGACAAGCACGUCACCGUUCUUCGUGACGGCAAGGAAGACCAGGUUUCCAGCUGGGACAUUCAAGUCGGUGAUGUCGUUCUGCUCUCUGUCGGCGAGGAAAUCCCCGCUGAUGGUAUCUUUAUCCGUGGCACCAACCUUUCCGUCGACGAGUCGCCGCUCACUGGUGAGACCGUCCCUGUCAAAAAGUCGCCCACUCGUCCCUUCAUUUUCUCGGGCACGGAAGUCAAGGCUGGCGAUGGUGCCAUGCUUGUCACCACUAUCGGCGAGCUGUCGACGGGUGGUCGCAUCCAGGCCAUGCUGAACGAGCAGUCCAAGACGGCCACCCCGCUGCAGGAGAAGCUCGAGAAGUUUGCCAACAUUAUCGGUUACAUUGGUUUUGGUGCUGGUAUCCUGACGUUCGUCGGCCUGACGAUUCGCUGGAUUGUCGAUGUUGCCCAAAAGGAGUGGGAGUGGGACCACAUGCGUUCGCUCCUCGACUUUUUCGUCAUUGCCAUCACCAUCGUGGUCGUCGCCGUCCCCGAAGGUCUUCCGCUCGCCGUCACAAUCUCGCUCGCUUACUCGAUGGUCAAGAUGAUCAAGGACCAGAACUUUGUGCGCCAUCUCUCUGCUUCCGAAACCAUGGGUGAGGCUACCUGCAUCUGCUCGGACAAGACCGGCACCCUGACUGAAAACCGCAUGUCCGUUGUCGAGACGGUCGUUGGCGCCGAGCAGCGCGUUCACACCUCCUUCUCCCCUUCGACCAUCCAGCCCUUCCUGCUCGAGCCGCUCUGCGAGGGCAUUGCCCUGAACUCGACCUGCUUUGUCAAGUACAACGAGGGCGAGACCUUGCCUGUCUUUGUCGGCAGCUCCACCGAAGGUGCCCUGCUCGUCUUUGGCCGCAAGCUUGGCGUCGAAUACGAGGAAGUCCGCGAGAACGCCACAAAGUUCCCCGACAACUCCUUCCCCUUCUCGUCCGACCGCAAGCGCAUGACCACCCUUGUCAAGCCCCGCGAUGGCUCUGCCCCGUACCGUGCCUACACCAAGGGCGCUUCCGAAAUUGUCCUCGAACUCUGCUCGCACAUUGCUACGCCCCAAGGCGCCAUCCCCAUCACCCCCGACCACAAGGCCUACAUUACCAGCAACAUCCAGCGCAUGGCCAGCGACGGUCUGCGCACGAUCGUUCUUGCCUUCCGCAACUCGCAGACCCUGCCCACCGCCUCCGAGGAGAUUGAGUCCAACCUGAUUUUCAUUGCCCUCACCGGCAUCAAGGAUCCCGUCCGCCCCGAAGUCCCCGACGCCGUCCGUGCCUGCCAGCGUGCCGGUCUGAUUGUUCGCAUGGUUACUGGUGACAACAUUCUGACGGCCAAGAAGAUUGCCCAAGAGUGCGGCAUUCUCACUGCUGACGGCAUUGCCAUCGAAGGCCCCGAGUUCCGCGCGCUCACCCAGGAGCGCCGUGACGAAAUCAUCCCCAAGCUGCAGGUUCUCGCUCGCUCAUCCCCCCAGGACAAGUUCGAUUUGGUCAAGCGCCUCAAGGCUCUCGGCGAGGUCGUUGCCGUCACUGGUGACGGUACCAACGAUGCUCCCGCUCUCAAGGAGGCCGAUGUCGGCUUUGCCAUGGGCCAGUCUGGUACCCACAUUGCCAUGAACGCUUCCGACAUUGUUUUGCUCGACGACAACUUUAGCUCGAUUGUCAAGGCCAUCCGUUGGGGCCGCAACGUCUUUGACUGCAUCCGCAAGUUCCUCCAGUUCCAGCUUUCCGUCAACCUCGUCGCCAUCGUCAUCACCUUUGUUGGUUCGGUCGCCUACGGUGAAUCCCCGCUCUCCGCUGUCCAGCUGCUCUGGGUCAACCUCAUCAUGGAUACUUUUGGUGCUCUUGCUCUUGCCACCGACGAGCCCGAGGAGAAGAUUCUUGAACGCCCUCCGCACACUCGCGAUGAAAGCUUGGUUACCAAGGGCAUGGCUACUUACAUUCUCAUUCAAACGAUUUGGCAGUGCAUUCUUCUCAUUAUUGUCUUGUUUGCCGGCUAUCGUGCGGUUGGCGUCGACUCGGAUUCCGAGAUUGAAAUCUACACGCUGGUCUUCUGCAUCUUCGUUUAUCUUCAAGUUUGCAACUUGAUCAUGGCUCGUCACUUGACUCUUGAGCUCAAUCCGUUCCGUGGAAUGUUCAACAACAAGCUGUUCUGCUUCCUUGUUGUCCUGAUUGCUGCCGUCCAGGCGGUCGCCGUCCAGGUUGGUGGCGAUUUCGUCCGCACUGAGGCUCUUAACGGCAAAGAGUGGGGCUUCUGCAUUGGCUUGUCUCUGCUGUCCUUCCCUGUUGUCAUCAACGCGCGCAUCAUUGUUCGCUUCGCCAUGCAGCACCACCAGGCUCCUUCGUACGAGCGUGCAGCUGGCACGCGUGCCAACCCGCCUGCAGAGUUUGAGCUCCAGUCCGUCAACGUUCAAGGUGCCUCCCCUCGCAACGCUGGUGCAUUCUGGGCCAAGCUUCGCGCUGCCAGCAUGUUCUUGUCCAUGUAUCGCAGCAACCAAGGCGGGGAUGACACCACUUCCCACCAUUCGCAGUCAUCGCGCAAGAGCAACGAGGCUCGCUUUGUGGCUUUGCGUGACGACGACAUUUCCGAAACGCGCAUGUAAUUCUCAAAGUCGGCUGCGUUCCGCCUUGCUGUCGUCAGUUGCUCGUGUGUUUUUUUGGACCUGUCUUCAUUGUGUUUUUGUUUUUAGCAUUGAUUGCGUGUCUGUGUGUCUCCAUGUCUUGCAGCUGCAAAUUAACACCAUCGUUUCUUUGUUGGUUUUUUAUUCAUUCUGCAAAACUCAACAACGACGGUAUGAGAGCAACAGAAAUAAUAAAAGCGUAGUACUGUUGCCAAACAGCACACGAAAAGCAA